GAGAGAGAGAGAGGAAUGGCUGUCCAACACCAGCCAGGUUACUACAAUAGCCUGCUUGGUCCAAAAAAGACCUCCACCUUUUCCUGCUGCUUCAACUCAUCAUUAAGUCCACCAUCUUCCAUUCCAAUUCUCUGGAGGACGAAGAAGAGUGGAAAAAAAGAUGAUAUAGCUACUGCUAGAUUAAACAGCAGCAACAGAAGCCGGUUUGUCAUCAGAUCGAGCGGCAGCACCGGCGGCGGCGGCGGCGGCGGCCUCAGCUGGUGGAAGCAGCCCGAGAAAGCACCGCCGGCCUCGAGAGUCAGCCUCAGCGAUGUCGUCUGGCCUUCAGCAGGUGCUUUUGCGGCGAUGGCGUUGUUGGGGAGGAUGGACCAGAUGAUGGCUUCAAGGGGUCUGUCCUUCACCAUUGCACCUUUGGGGGCGGUAUGUGCUGUGUUGUUUGCCACUCCAAAUUCCCCUGCUGCCCAGAAAUACAAUAUGUUCAUUGCCCAGGUUGGUUGUGCAGCAUUUGGGGUAUUAGCAUUGUCAAUAUUUGGGCCAGGUUGGUUGGCAAGAGGAACUGCUCUUGCUGCAUCUAUAGCAUUCAUGAUCAUCACAGGUGCCACCCAUACUCCAGCUGCAAGCUUACCGAUCUUGUUCAUUGACGGUGCGAAGUUCCAUCAGUUGCAUCUUUGGUAUGCCUUGUUUCCUGGGGCGACUGGUUGCGUGCUUCUAUGCCUAAUACAAGAGAUUGUCAUUUUUCUGAAGAACAGCUGUAAAUUUUGACCAGAGGAGCAUGGUUCCGUUAUUUUCAUUCCAUCAGUUUCCAAAUGACCUUACAGAUGAAGGGCUUCAUUUUGUCUACCACCAUUGCCGACAUGUCUUCAAUUUAGACUGCCAUAAUUUGGCCUUUACACCACAGCAUGCCUUCUCCAACAACAUCCAUUCAUUGUAAAACACUUGUAUUAAGGUUUUCAAUCAUCUAUGUAAUCUUCUUUCUUCAUUACUGGUGGAAGAUAAUUAGAUGACAAAAAGUUAACAGGAUGUUGAAAUAAAUAAGCUUCUAA